UGAUGAUUAGCCUAGUGGGCAAAGCGAAAAAGUGCAUUUUUACAGUGAAAAUCCAAUCGUUUGCGUUUGAUUAGUGUUUUUGCAUGCCUUCUGCCGAAACUCGAGAGCGUUCAAGAUGAAUGUGAUUCGUGCUGUGCAGUUGUACCUGGAGAAAAUGAUCACGGAAGCUGGGCCCGGAAUGAAAAUGCUGAUGAUGGAUCGAGAGACCACCAGCAUUGUCUCCAUGGCCUUCUCCCAGUCGGAAAUGCUCCAGAAAGAAGUCUAUCUCUUCGAACGCAUCGACUCUGGUCGAUCGAACGAACGUCUGAAGUAUCUCAAAUGCAUCGUAUUCAUCCGACCAACCCGCGACAACGUCCUCCGGCUACAAAGCGAACUAAAAAGCCCCAAAUACGGAUCGUACUUCAUAAAUUUCAGCAACAUCAUCCCCCGCACGGACAUCAAAUCGCUAGCGGAAAGCGACGAGAGUGAAUCCGUUCGUGAGGUGAAAGAAGUCUACGCCGACUAUCUGCCGGUCAAUCCGAACCUCUUCUCCCUGAACAUUCCAACCUGUCUGCAAGCCCUCUCCUGGAAUCCGGAUGCGCUGGAACGCUCCGUUCAAGGCCUGGUCAGCGUUCUGCUUUCGUUCAAAUUUCGCCCGGCGAUCCGCUACAAAUCCAGCUCAAACGCUGCACAAACCCUAGCCAAAAAGAUCCACGAAACGAUCAACAAGGAAACGGCCCUGUUUAGCUUUCGACCGCCGGAAGAUGGAUCCCCGCCGCCCUUGCUGCUGAUUCUGGAUCGUCGUGAUGAUCCGAUUACUCCGCUACUUAACCAGUGGACCUAUCAGGCUAUGGUGCAUGAGCUGCUAACGAUCAACAAACAGCGGGUUGAUCUUUCCGGCGUGCAGGGCGUUCCGAAGGAUCUGAAGGAAAUUGUUCUUUCCUCGGAGCAGGAUGAAUUCUUCUCCGCUAAUCUGUAUUCGAACUUCGGUGAGAUUGCCACCACGAUCAAGGGGCUGAUGGACGAGUUUCAGAAGAAGGUGCAUGAUCAGAAAAAGAUCGAAAGUAUCAACGAUAUGAAGAAUUUCGUCGAGACGUAUCCGCAGUUCAAGAAAAUGUCCGGAACGGUAUCGAAGCAUUUGAUGUUAAUUAGCGAACUGUCGCUACAGGUCGGUAAACAGCAACUGUUUGAAAUAUCCGAACUGGAGCAAGAGAUCGCAUGCCGGGCGGAUCAUUCGACGCAACUGCAACGGGUGAAGAAGCUGGUUUCGGACGAGAAAAUCAAUCUUCACAAUGCCCUCCGCUUGAUACUGCUGUAUUCGAUGCGCUACGAACGGCAUGCCAACUGUGGUACAUCCGGUCUGUUGAAGAUCUUGCAGGACCGCGGUGGUCGGGCACACAUCGUUCCCCGAAUGUUGGAGUACAUCAGCACCAGUGCUCGGCAGGAGCUAUUCAACACGGUUAAGAUUACGGAUGCCGUCAAGUUGACACGCAAUUUGAUCAAGGGCCUCAAAGGGGUGGAGAAUGUGUACACCCAGCACAACUGCGUGCUGAAAGAAGUCCUGGAGGAAUUGAUGAGAGGGCGCCCUCUGGAUGCGGCUUAUCCGAUAAUGGGUAACGAGUUGCCCUUCCGGAGGCCACCGCAGGAAAUUGUGGUCUUCAUAAUUGGAGGAGCAACAUACGAAGAGGGAUUGACUGUUCAUCGGUAUAAUCAGGAGGGUUACAAAGUUAUUCUGGGAGGAACCACCAUCCACAAUGCGGAUAGUUUCAUUGAGGAGAUAAUGGCUGCUACGGGUGGGGUUCCGUUCAAGCAUUCGAGAUCGCUGCAACAGUUCCAUCACGCACCGGCAGGGGAAGCGUAGGGAGUUUGGUAAAUUGUUUCUCUGGUGGACGAUGACUACGAAUACCGGUAGGCAUGGAAGUACCUAUAUUUAAACAACGUAUGAAGCAUAUUCCAGCUUUGAUUGUUACUGCAUUCUGACUAACUUAUUACCUAUGUAUCUUUAUGUGAGAAAUUAUAAUAAAAUAUAUCGCA